AUGUUUUUAAGUAUUGAAAAGAUAAAUGAUGUCUCUCCUAAAUUCCUAGAAAAGAAAUGUAAUCCAGAUGGACAAUUUAAUAUGAAUUUUAACAGGUUAUUGGCUAAAGCUAAAACUGAAAAAAAAGUUGAACAAAAAGGUUUAAAUAUAAAAGAUUCCGUUCAUGGGAGGAAUAAGGAAAUGAAAAAUGAAAAAAAAAAUGCAUCAACAUACGAAAAAAUAAAAAAAGAGAAAAAGAAUGAUUUAGAUUAUUACAUGAAAAGUUAUAAGGAUGGAUAUUCUAAAAGAAUAGGAUUAGGAAAGUUUGACUGUUAUUGUGAAAACAAGAUAUUUAGGGGGAUUGACAAAAUGAAUAAACUUGUAAAUACACCAAAUAUGACAAAAAGCAAAUUUAAAAAGGAAUUGCGUAAAAGGUAUGGAUUGCGUAUUGGUUUAACUUAUUUCUUUUACUUUUUUGCUCUAGCAAUAGGAAUUGUAGAUCUUUUAAAUAAAAGCCAACUUAUUGAUGAAAAAGGAUUUCUUAAGUAUGCACCUAAUGAAUCAAAUAAAGACUUGUAUAAUCACUUGAUAUCAUCGCUGGGUGACGUGCUUGUAUAUGUAAUACCUUUUAUACUUACAUUAGCAAUUAUCUAUAUUUUAAUAAAAAUUUUUGAGAAUGUACAUAAAAUAUUUCCACUAUAUAUACAAAAACAUAUUGAAAAUAUAUCUAUGAAAAUAUUCAUUUUAUGUGUUUGUAUUUAUUUUAUUAUUUAA